GAUAACAUUGCAGCAAGUUGUCGCAAGGAGUGGUGGUGACUCGAAGGAAAUUUUAGAACAUUGUUCAUAAUUUAGCUUCUGGAAAGCGUAAAGAAUGGGGAAAGAGGACCUGGAGGAGUCUCGUCCUCUAGCCGGCACUGCUAGUCACGUUGAGUUCAGAGAUCGAGUUCGUAAAACCCUGUACUAUGGUCAGUAUUCCGAUCGAUCUCUACCAUCUUUAGCCGUCACAGAUGUGGCAGUGGAGGUGUUAAGCUCUGUGGUACCUACGAAAAGAAAAUGUCUUGACACAAACUAUGCCAUGGUUGUCUCAAGGAGAGCCAAGAUAUCCCCCUGCACAUUGAUGAUGGGAAUUCUUUAUUCUGAACGUCUGCGUCAGAAGAACCCAGAGUACCUGAGCAGGGUGACAUCAUCUGACUUGUUCUUGAUAUCAAUGAUGGUGGCGUCAAAGUAUCUGUAUGAUGAAGGGGAAGAUGAAGAAGUGUUUAAUGAUGAAUGGGCAAAAGCAGGAAGCAAAACUGUGAAUGAUGUGAACAAACUAGAAAUGGAAUUCUUGGCAUCCAUUGACUGGAGACUUUUCAUAAGCAAUCGGGAAUUUUUGGAUUUUGUCAACAGAGUGGAGUCAAGAGUGGCGACAUCACAUGGACUACACCGUGGUUGGUUGACUUAUGGCGACCUGUGCACGCUACUUGAUAACUCGGGUUUUCUCCAUACUUUGGGUGUUUUCAAGUUUGAAGUACUUAAGGUUUUGUGCGCCUGCACCGUGGCUUACGUGCUGAGUUUGUCCUUGGCAUUGUCUCUGACCUCGAUCGCUUGUCACCAAUGCCACCACACUCACCAAAGCUUCGCCCCAAUGCAAACCGCGCCCUGUUUAACAACAGAAACGGCCUGCAGGUUUCAUCGGCCAGCGGUAACGCGGCGACGAGGCAAAGAUGAAGCUUCUCUGGCGGCAAAGACAGCGCGGGAGCCUCGGAACGAAUCCCGACCGUCAAUGCAAAUUAAAGCAGCUUACACCGAACAGGCAACAGUAAAACCCGCGGAUAUUGAAGCAAGACUGGGACCAGAGAAGAAUGAAAACGAUUCCUUUCUCACUUACAAGUUGAAAUCUUCGCGAUACGGAUCAAAGAUGGCGGUUCACGAAUCUAAAAGUACUCCCGAACAGCUGAAGACUGUUGGAGACAUGCCUGAUCAUCUGGGACUUUCCUCUCUCGUGUUUUCUCAAAUUCUAUCGCGAAAACUUGCUCUUCAACAUCCCUGUCCUUCGACGUCUUUGAACAGUUUUACCACAGGCCGGAUUCAAAGUGACUUUGUUCUCUCGAAUUUCUCAGGUGGAAUGAAAUACAAUGACUGGUACAGAAGCCGCCAUACAAACGGCAGUUACAUUUGUGUGGCGUGACAGCAGAUCAUCAAAUCGAACGCGGGCGAAAUUCCUAGUAACGAACACUCCAAAUAAGGAACUACGUCACGGCUUGCGCAUCUUGAAAAGUUCAGCCUAAAUUUUUCAAGUUCGUCGUUUGUAAUCCGUGUCAAUCUCCUCCAUUCUGAACCAUCCUUGUUCACUUAUGGUUUAUUAUUAUCUCUAUAGUGUUUUUCUCUCUUAGUAAACUAUUAUUCAAGGUUAACUUUGAAUGGUAAUUUUGUACUCAGCUAAAAUAACUCAAAAUACCGUGACUGAGCUCCUUCAAAGGCUUUUGAGUUAUUUUGGCCACAUACAAAAUUAUAUUUAAAUUGAAGGAAACCUGAAAAUAAUAGCAUACUAAGAUAGAAAAACAUCAAAGAUAUAAUAAUAAACCAUAAAGGAUCAAGGAUAGUCAAGGAUGGAGAAGAUUAACGCAGAUUAUAAACGACGAACUUGAAAAAUGUUGGCUAAAUUUUUCACGAUGAGCAAACCGUGACGUGGCUCCUUUAAGAGCUAGACCCUUCUUUUAGCGUGAUUAAAGGUGUGACCAUUAUGGUAUUGCUAUGUGAAGUGAAAUUAGGGGCAUUUGAGAAAAAGUGGUGGUGUUCCCAACGAGAAUGUAAACAGUCGUACCAAUUCUUUCUCACUCUUGUCUCAACUUUGUAUACUUUGUACAUCGAUGGGGGAAACAAACAAACUUUAAAUUCUGACGUAAAGAUUGCGUUUUUGUAAGAGGGUAUGUUACUGCAGUAAAGUUUAUUCUUAUAUGGAA